ACAAUAGGUACUAUUCCUUUUAACAUUCUUGAAAAAUGUGUUUUCAGUUGCGUGUUUUUUAUGUCGCCGUACUCUUUCAUGUCAUUCCACUUUCGUGUUGUCAAAAACGUUGAUAAUAAAGUAGCAAAGAGUCGUAAGUGAAUCCACGCUCAGCUGUGUUGGCGUUCUUGAACACACCCCUCUGAGUACCCCGAUAUUGUUGAAGGGGGAAUCAUGGCUGCCCAGGAGCCGUCUCCACCAUCCUCCCUGGAAGGGAACAAACCUGGCUUCCCCAAGAAAAUUUUAGCCAACAACCUGGAGGACAAGCAUUUGUGUAACUCCUGCCAGAAAGUACUGAGAAGGCCCUUACAGGCGCAGUGUGGCCACCGCUUUUGUUCCUUCUGUUUCAAGCAAAUCGUGAGUUCUGGACCAGAAAAAUGCAACGCUUGCAUCAAAGAGAACCUAUUUGAGGAACCCACCUCCAUUCUCAAGCAAGGAGGUGCUUUUGCGGACAAUGCGGCACGGAGAGAAGUGGAGGCCUUGGCAGCCAUCUGUCCCAAUGAAGGCUGCACGUGGACGGGGACCAUUAAAGAUUUUGAGGCCGGCCACGAGGGCCUCUGUGACUUUGCCAUCAUCCUGUGUCCUUCCUGCAAAGAGUUGAUGCGAGCCAACGAACAGGAGCGCCACGAUGAACGUGAAUGUCCAGAGAGGACGCUCAACUGCAAAUAUUGUAAAGAAGCCUUCCUCUUGAAGAACAUUAAGGCUCACGAUGAAAUUUGUCCAAAGUACCCGAUGAUUUGUGAAGGUUGUGCAAAGAAAAAGAUACCCAGAGAAAAGUAUGUGGACCAUAUUAAGUUCUGCAGUAAAUUUAAAGCACCAUGCAGAUUUCAUGUUGUUGGCUGCGAUACAUCUGUGGAGAAAGAGAAGAUCCAUGACCACGAGCGUCAGUGUUCGUACGAACACCUCAACCUGCUCCUGCAUUUCAUCAUGGGCAUCAAGGUGAGCCUGGAGAGUCUGCAGCCUCAGAGUCUGGAGGUGGCCGGCCACAAACUGCAGGAGCUCCACCAGUCCCUGCGAGACUUGGAACUAAAGAUGAGUCAGCUCGGCGGCGGAGGCGGCGCUUCGGCCUCAGUGCAGGGUGCGUGCGCGCCGACGAUCCUCACCACCUCCUUCACGCCGCUGCCCAGCGCCGUGGGAGCCGCCCUGGAGCUGCAGCUCCAGAGCGAAAAAACCAAGGUGGCUGAGAUGAGUCGGCGUUGCCAGGAGCUGGAGCUGAAGGUGAAUACGUUCGAGAACGUCGUCUGUGUCCUCAACCGUGAGAUGGAGCGCUCCUGCACCACCAUGGAGGCGUACAACCGGCAGCACAGACUGGACCAGGACAAGAUUGAGAUCCUCAAUAACAAGGUUCGUCAGCUGGAAAGAACUGUGAGUCUGAGGGACUUGUCCAUUGUGGAGAUGGAGGGCAAGAUGAGAGAGAUGUCUGCGGCCACUUUUGAUGGCAUCUUUGUGUGGAAGAUCUCCGAUUUUACGAAGAAGAGGCAAGACGCCGUCGCCGGCCGAGCUCCUGCUAUGUUCUCGCCAGCCUUUUACACCAGUAAAUAUGGCUACAAGAUGUGCUUACGUAUUUACCUGAAUGGGGACGGGACAGGACGGGGCACCCAUUUAUCUCUGUUCUUCGUGGUGAUGAGAGGACACAGCGAUGCACUCCUCAAGUGGCCUUUUAAUCAGAAGGUCACCUUAAUGCUGCUGGACCAGAACAACAGGGAGCACAUAAUCGAUGCCUUCAGGCCGGACAUAUCCUCCUCAUCCUUCCAGAGGCCGGUCAGCGAUAUGAACAUCGCCAGCGGCUGCCCGCUCUUCUGUCCGCUCUCCAAGCUGGACUCGAAAAACUCUUACAUUCGCGAUGACACCAUCUUCAUCAAGGCCAUUGUAGACCUCACCGGACUCUAGGUUUGACUCCACCGGCAUCACCACUAACUUUGUUUUUUUUCUUUUAGGAUCUCUGUGUCACUCACCUGGCAUUAUGCAAGACAUAUUUAUUACACACACUUUGUGGUGCAAAUAUACAAGCAUUCUCAUACCAACAUACAGAGUAGGUAAGUACAGUA